AUGGAGAUGGCGCGUUCUAUCUUUCAUUGCAUUCGUUUCUUUUUCACAUGGUCUUUCCGGUAUAUUUUUCUUUCUUUCUUUCUUUAUUUUAUUCUUUCUUUCUUUAAUUUUUUUCGCGGUUCUUUGUUUAUCUCUUUCUUUCUUUUCGUUUUUCUAAAAUUCUUUCUUUCUUUCUUUUUUCUUUCUUUUCGUUUUCCACAGUUCUUUCUUUCUCUUUUUCUUUCUCUCUUUUUCUUUCUGUUCGUUUUUCCACAAUUCUUUCUUUCUCUCUUUUUCUCUUUUUUUUUCUGUUCGUUUUUCCACAAUUCUUUCUUUCUCUCUUGUUCUUUCUUUUUUCUUUCUUUUUGUUUUUCCACAAUCUUUUUUCUAUCUUUCUUCCUUUCUUUUUUCUUUUUUUCCACAAUUCAAUCUUUCUCUCUUUUUCUUUGUUGCUUUCUUUCUUUUUCUUUUUCUUUUUCUUUUUCUUUUCUUUCAUUCUUUUCUUUCUUUCUUUCUUUUCGUUUUUCUACAAUUCUUUCUUUCUUUUUUUUUUCUUUCUUUCUUUUCGUUUUCCACAGUUCUUUCUUUCUCUUUUUCUUUCUCUCUUUUUCUUUCUGUUCGUUUUUCCACAAUUCUUUCUUUCUCUCUUGUUCUUUCUUUUUUCUUUCUUUUUGUUUUUCCACAAUCUUUUUUCUAUCUUUCUUCCUUUCUUUUUUCUUUUUUUCCACAAUUCAAUCUUUUCUCUUUUUUCUUUGUUGCUUUCUUUCUUUUUCUUUUUCUUUUUCUUUUUCUUUCUUUCUUUUCUUUCUUUCUUUCUUUUCGUUUUUCUACAAUUCUUUGCCACUUUCAUUCGUUCAUUCUUUCUUUUCAUUCUUUCUUUCUUCGUUUUCCUUUUGCCACAAUUCUUUCUCCUCCAUUAUUUUCUUUUUUCUUUUUUUUCUUUUUCUUCCUUCUUUCUUUCUUUUCGCUGAUUUCAUUGUCAGAUAUAAAUUUUUUGGUUGUUUUCUUUUUUCAAACCUUCAUUAUUUUUAUUUUUAUUUAUUUGAUUCAUUUUCACAUCUUACUUUCUACGUUAUUUUGAUUUUCUUCUUUAUUUUCUCCUAUCUAUUUCUCUUCGUAUGCGCUUAUAAAAUCACUAUCUCCUUUUUCUUUCUUCGUUUUCAUUUUUUCAACAAUUCAUUUUCCUUCACAUUUUCUUUCUUUGAUUCGUUUUCUUUUCUUUCUUUCUUUCUUCCUUUCUUUCUUUCUUUCUUUCUUUCUUUCUAG